UGUUGCUGCCGUCUAGGUAAUCCUGGCCUCCGUUGCCAUGGGAAACCCGGUCGUUUUGUCGAAGAGCCUCCUGUCAGGAAGCUAUUAAUAGUCAGAUUCAGUUUCCAGUUACCCAGUUAAGCAGCACACCCGGAGGCAUCAACUCAACAACCUUUUUUCGAAUAUAUAAAACAUGUCGUAUUCAAGCCGAUUUGGUUUCGACUUCCAUUUGCCGGACGAGGGAUGGUGUUAUCCGAGGAACGACAUGCACUUUAUCCGCAGCGCGGAGUGGGUGCCCGUGGAGAAGGCUGGCGUGGGUCGUUCUUUUGCCAAUCCCAAUGGCGUGAUCUAUCCCCGGGUAGUUGGCAUGAUUCCUCGCUACGGAGGCCAUGUUCCGGGAAAUAAGUUUCGGGUGGGCAACACCUACGGCCGUUCCACUAUAGAUGCCAAGCGUCAUCUGGCUCUCAACCACGAUUGAAGACCAGAUUCUUCGAUUACUAAUAACCUAGUUCACGGAUAGCCAAUGAAAUUUUCUGUGUUACGCUUAGAAAAGCACCCAAAAUAAAUCGUAUACUGUAGAACUGUC